CGAGCAUUUGAACCCCCAUUCUCUACGAUCUCCCCCCACAGAACCUCAAUAAAUUGUUGCCAUUAUACAUUCCACCUUAUUGUCUUCCCCGAGAGACCCUCGAACCUGUACUACAUCGUAUGAAUCAGCGCCUUUAGGCAGGUCGGAGCCUAGUUACGGCCAGCGCAUGAUCCAUUCGCCUCUUAGGCUUCGCCUUCCCUGAGGCCUCGAGACUCGCGCCCCCCACGCACACGACGGGGUAAUUGAACGGGUCAGGGCUGCAACGAUGCCGGGCCUCAGGCGAAAGAAGCCGCUUAUAGGCAGGAGGCGAGUUGAGGACGAGGAGGGCGACGAAGCCGGUCACGAUCUGGACGACUCGCAGAGCGAAGGGUCGAUCUCCGACGACGAAGAUGCUGGCAAUGCCAGCGACGGCAGCAACGCAGCAUCCCCGGUGGCACCGAAGGCUACAGCAAAUGGCAGCUCGAAAGACAGAACUCCGGCAGCACCGAACUCGAAGUCAACGGAGACGUCGCCACCGAAAAUUAAUGGAUCAAUUGAUACGGAGAUGAUGCUGAAUGGGCUUGAGAGGUCGAAAGACUUCGAUAAUAUCGAGUCGACUAGCUACGAUGAUCUUUCGAACGCACCGAAAUCCAUUCCGUCACAACCGGUAAUCGUCAAGUCGACAGCGAUCAUGGACCAGCCUCUUGAAACACCGGUGGAGCGAAGGAGGCGUGAGCACGAAGAUUACAAAAAGAAGCGUGAUGAAGAUCCGGCUUUCGUACCCAACCGUGGCGCGUUCUUCAUGCAUGAUCACAGGCAUUCUGGACCUGCUGCAAAUGGGUUCAGGCCAUUUGGACGUGGCCGUGGUGGACGAGGAGGCGGCCGGGGUGGCUUUGGAGGUCCAUUUGCACCAGCCAAUUAUAUGCAGCAGAUGAACGAACCUGCCGACGCCCCAUGGACCCACGACAUGCACGAAGCGGUCGUAAAAGACAACCGGCCUCAACGAAACCCAUCCCAAGCAUACAAUAAUAUGAGCGCCUCGAGACAAUCAUUACCGCAAGCCCCGCGCGGCCCGGCACCGAACCGCUCGCUGUCGACGACAAAGCUUAUUGGAAAUGUGCAAGUACGCGUGUUAUUACCUGGCAUGGAGAAGGCGUUAUCAUUACCUGCGAUUGCUCUACAUCAGUACACCCGUCUUCCAGACCACCGACCACCUCUCCGUCGCGAUAAGCCGGUUCGGAUUUCGCUGCCGGAUACUCCUCCGAGAUAUAUAUUCCCCGCCGUCGAGCGGUCAUUUAUCUUUAUCCCACGAGCGAUGCGACCAAACCAGCAAGGCUUCGGGUCAAGAAGCAAUAGGGGUCGCCAAGGAUUAGGAUCGGUGGGAGGUUUUUCAAGACGAACCAGUGCAUAUGGUGGAAGUGUAUAUGGCAGUGUAUAUACUCCAAGCGUGGCCAUGAGCCGUCGCUCAUCCGUCGUGGCUCAUGAGAUUCCACGAGACGGUAUCAUAUCUCCUAUGGGCUCGACGAUGUCAAGGCCUCCUGUACCACUCGACUCGACUCGACCGGUUGUCCGGCUACCACCGUCUAUAGCCCAGGCGCAAGCACCAAUCGCCACUGAGAUGCAGCCGGUCCAAGAGCCAGGUGCAAUGCUGCCGGCUGUAUCACAACCCUACCCGCUCCCCCAAAAGCCUACCUUCCGCGAAAACCGACCCAACUCUGUCCCCAUGCAACAUCCUCGACCUCAAAAGACUGUCUCUGUCGACAACAUCGAGUCACCGGCAGCUAUGCAAUUCAACCCCCCGCAACAAUACCAACAACUCUUCCAACACCAAGUGCCAACCCAUGCCAACGGCCACGCCUACGGGCAAGAAGCACAGAUACAUCCUCAUUCUCGCAACGCCUCAUACCAAGGAUCCACCGGGACACCCUUGUCCCAGAUCCCGGAACGGGCUAUCCACGCCCAGCCCUUCCAACCAAACACGUAUCAACAGCAGCAAGGCUUCUACCCUCCGCAAUACCAAGUAAUGCCCCAGCAACAAGGCUACUACUACCCCCAACAAUACAACACCGGCAUGAGCGCCCAAGCACCCAACUUCGCCCCCUCAGCAGUAGCCCAGCAGCAAGCCUACGGACAAGUCGCCCCAACAGACGCAUCGCAGCAGCCCAACCUCGUGGCGCAGGAAGUCAACGGAAUGGUGUACUACUACGACGCUGCGCAGAUCCCGGCAGCGGCCGCGGCGGCGUUCCCGGCCUAUGCGUCGCCGCCGGCGUACCCGGUGCAGCAGAUGGGUAAUGUGUCGUUGCAGCAUGGGAUGAUGACGCCGAGCCCGGAUGGGUUUUAUUAUCCGCAGCCGCAGCAGGCGGUGGUGUAUUACCCGCAAUGAUUACUCUACCACUUGGAGUAAUGGCGGCGCUGCUUCUAUGUGCAAUGUCUCUCUGUUUGGAGCGACCUGACCGGUUUCGUGUUUUGUUUAAAGCGCUUGCUGCUAGCUGAACUGCGUUUUUGUUUACGAGCCCCCUGCCCGACUAUCACCAUCCAUCAUCUCUCCACCACCACUACCACCCAUCCACCCAUCGAUGUUAGAAAGGACUGUUUACUGCUUUUUUUCGUUUUGGGAGGGUCACAUUACUGCUGUUACGGAUUACGAUCACUCUAAAGUCAUCCAUUUUAUUGUAGCACUUCAAAUCAUCUUUUUAUUUUUAUUUUUUCGGGUUGAAAGGGGUCGAAGAGGGGGGUUGAAAGCGUCUUUAUCUGUCGGAGGUUGCGAAAGAGAGAGAGGGCAUCACUUAUACUUUCCCCUUUUUGCCGAUCAUGGGAUUAUGGGAUGGGCACUUGGUAGAAAGUUCCGCAGAUUCUUGUUUUGUAUGAUUUUGUGUUUCUACAAGUGGUUUUGUCUUUACUUUUUUUUGUCUUAGGUGGAGUGUGUGUGGGUAUAUGGGGGUUGUUGUUGUGGGAAUACAAAGGGGGGCAUUGGGGUGAGAGAUGUGUGUUGGAUGAGUGAGGGGACUGGGCUGGGCUUUAUGGCGUAUUGCAGCGAUGGAUGUUAGUUUUGUUGGUUGUGGGUGAACAGAACGGAUGGAUAUGGUGUGUUUUUUUGCGGUGUUGUGUGGCUAGAAGGAGGGAGUAGGAGUAGUUUAGGUGAAAUGACACCAUUAUUAUGGUU